CAGUCGCCAUUAUUCUCAGCGUCAUUCCACACAAUAUUAUCACAAUAAAGCCUUAUUCGUAACUUGGAAAGUAAAAAGAUAGAUACGGUUACAAUACAACAGGUGAUUUCAAACGGUGGGGGUUACAAAAGAAAGGUCUCCGAUCAGCACCAAUUCGCCACGGUGAUGCUCCGCCGAACGUUUACUCGGCCGAUUAAACAGCUAGGCGAGCGAUUUUUAGAACAAGAGAAGAGGUUCAUUCUCGAUUAUUUUUUUUUCUGACCUCCUUUGUCCCAUACCAUACGACAUGAGAGGCUUUGCUUCUUCAGCUUCUCGAGCAGCGUCGAAACCGUCCCAAUCCCUAAAUCCAAAACCCCUAUCCUCCUCCUCCUCCUCAGGUCACAUUUCGCAAAUCAUAAAGAGAAAAGAUUGGUUCUUGAUCCUCAACCAAUCCCAUCGAACCACUACUAUUCCAAACAACCCUCGAUUCAUCAUCAGCCUAUUACAGAACCAAGAAAACCCACUACACUCCCUCCGACUCUACCUCUGGGUCUCCAACCUUUACUCCAAGGACGACCACCAGUCUUUGAAAACCGUCCUGGGAAACGUCCUCUUCCGUAAAGGCCCUCUCUUGCUCUCCAAGGACCUGCUCAAGGAGGUUAGGGAUUCAGGGUUUAGCAUCAGCGACGAGCUCAUGUGUGUUCUCAUCGGAAGCUGGGGGAGGUUAGGUUUAGCCAAGUACUGCAACGACGUCUUUGCGGAGAUAUCUCUGCUCGGGAUGAAGCCCAGCACGAGGCUUUACAACGCUGUGAUCGACGCCUUGGUCAAGUCUAACUCGCUUGACUUGGCUUACUUGAAGUUUCAUCAGAUGCGUGGGGAUGGAUGUGAACCGGACCGGUUUACUUAUAAUAUACUUGCUCAUGGUGUUUGCAAGAAGGGAGUGGUUGAUGAGGGGGUGAGGUUGGUUAAACAGAUGGAGAGGGAAGGGAUGAAAGGGAAUGUGUUUACUUUCACCAUUCUGAUCGAUGGGUUUUUGAGGGCCGGGAGGGUUGAGGAGGCGUUGGAGAUGUUUGAGAGGAGGAGCGGUAACGAAGCUACGGUGAGGACUUUGGUUCGUGGGGUGUUCCGCUGCUUGCCAAAGCGUGAAGCUUUCGAGGUUUUGGUUGGGUUUGUGGAGAGAGAGUCGAGCCUGCGGUUGCGGAGAGUGGGGUAUGAUACUGUGUUGUCUUGUCUUUCAAGCAACUCGAUGGGUAAAGAGACUGCUCUGUUCUUGAGGAAGAUAGGAGGAGGUUAUGUGCCGGAUAGCUCAACGUUUAAUGCUGCGAUGAGUUGUGUUUUGAAAGGGUGUGAUGAUGAUGAUCUUGUUGAGACGUGUGGGCUUUUCGACGGUUUUGUGAGCAGAGGUGUUAAGCCAGGGUUCGAUGGUUAUCUUGCGGUGGUUCAAGCUCUGUUGAAUGCUCGUAGGUUCUCUGAAGGUGACUGUUAUCUGAAACGGAUGUGUGUUGAGGGGAUUGUAUCAAGCGUGUAUGAUUAUAACGCGGUGAUUGACUGUCUAUGCAAGGCUAGACGUACAGACCGUGCAGCUAUGUACUUAACAGAGAUGAAGGGUAGAGGUAUAUCUCCAAGUCUUGUAACUUUCAACACUCUUCUUAGCGGUUAUAGCGCCAAGGGAGAUGUGAACAAGGUUCGACAAGUAGUAGAGAAGCUUCUGGAACAUGGUUGCAAACCAGACGUGAUCACUUUCAGUUCGAUCAUAAACUGUCUCUGUCGUGCAAAGGAGACAAAAGAUGCGUUUGAGUGUUUCAAGGAGAUGUUGGAAUGGGGGGUUGAGCCGAAUGAGAUCACGUACAAUAUUCUAAUUCGCUCCUCUUGCUCCUUGGGGGAUACUGGUAGAUCAGUGAAGCUGUUUGCGGAGGUGAAGGAGAAGGGGUUGAGUCCUGACGUUUAUGCGUACAAUGCGGUUAUUCAGGGCUUUUGUAGGAUGAGGAAGGUAAAGAAAGGCGAGGAGUUGUUUAAAACGAUGUUGAGGGUUGGUUUGAAACCAGAUAACUAUACGUACAGCACGCUCAUCAGAGCGCUAAGUGAAUGUGGUAGAGAGAGUGAAGCAAGAGAGAUGUUUAGUUUGAUGGAGAGGCAUGGAUGUGCACCGGAUUCGUAUACUAAGCGUCUUGUGGAAGAACUUGACCUGAGAAUGAGUGGACUCUCGAGAGAAACAGUUUCAGCCUCAUAGAGAAGUCUGUUCUCAGUGAAGUAUUUCAAUGAAAGGCUAAGGGACCAGAAUGGUUAGCUGUUCCGGAGAAUUGGUAAGAAAGGGAACCCUGCUGUUUAAUCUCUCUAUUAUUAGAGUGGGGUUCGUCUGCCUUAUUUUCAGUUUAAAAGGUCUUGGAAGGGACCGAAUCUCGGCCAUAAUCCUGCUUCUUUGGCGCAGACACGAGAGAAACAGAGCAUAAGUGGGAAAAAAAAGCAGAGCAGAAGGUUAAGUUUUGUGGUGUGAUUGAUCAAUGUUAGUGGCGGUUAGUACACGACAGUUAGCUCAAUGCAAAAGAUAUUUGUAUUUCUUACACUUGGAUGGAUUUAUCCCCAAACAUGUACCAUUACAGUGUAAAAAUAUAGAAAACAAUAAUGUUCAAGUGCCUGACCC